CUGGAUUCAAAAUGGCGGAUGAAAAGAAAGAUGGCGCGAAGAAUCCUAGCUACUGCUACAGUACAGCUGUUUCAGAUGCUGUUCUAGCUGCAACAUGUGUUUAUGGUCUGGGAAGCAUGGCACAUGCGCACUGGUUAAACUUCCGGAAGUUCUUCCUGUUUGGAUAUAUUUGGUUUGGUUUUUGCUUGUUUGCUUCCUGCCUUGGAGUCCUUCGCUUCGGGCAAAAGAAUCUAUCUGUAAGUGUGAAGAAUGCUCAUGUUUUAAUCUCCUGGGUAGCUGGAGCUGUAGGACUACCGAACCUUCUUGCUCAGUUCUAUACAUACACAUUUAAUAAGCCUGAGAUAGGAAACCUUCAUCUGAUGACCUGUGGUAUUCCUAUCCUAGCUUACUUCUCUAGGAGGUCCUGGAUACAGGAGUUGGCUGGGAAAGCUGUUGCUGUUGUAAGUGUAAUAUCCCUUGGUCUAGGAGGAUACUACAACAGGAAUAUAUAUGCUGUUGCUGCUGCACUUUGCCUCAUCAUCUCAUCACCUUUAGACAGGUCAGAUAAUUUUUGCCUGACUAAAUUUCUUUUCAGACCCACUUUCAAAGAUGGCUGAAUCUGAACAUGUUAU